AUGGUUAAACCACAAGGAGGACCCAAGGCAUCGAAAAAGGCGCAACCACCCGUGUUCAGCCAUGACUUCGUUAUUCAGAAUCAUGGGGACAUCAUGUCGUGCAUUGUGAUGGUGUUCAUCGUGGGAUUGAUGUUCCCAUCAACUCACUCUUUGGCCUCCAUUUUCAUUGCUCCUCAAUACAACGGUACUUAUAACGAAACUAAUGAAGCAGGACAAGUUCAAGAAGUUUAUGGCUAUCUCAGUGGACUCUGGGAUUUACCUGCAAUUUUCUUCUACUCGAUUUGCUGGAUUGUUGUUCAUGCUGUUGUGCAAGAGUAUGGGCUCGACAAAAUUUCAAAGAAGACUCACCUUUCCAAAGCUUCCACAUUCAAGUUCGGCGAUUCGUUCCACCAGCUCUUCUUCACUUCUUAUUCUCUUGGACACGCACUUUACCUAAUCACCGAACGGACUGCAGACUUUUUGGAUAUCAAAAAAAUCUGGCUAGGCUACCCCGUGGAUCAUCGAGUGAUGAGCGCAUCGUACAAGAUCUUCUUCCUUUUGCAAAUCGCUUAUUGGAUUCAUCAGUUCCCAGAGUUCUACCUCCAGAAGCUGAAACGUGAAGAGAUUCGCCAGAAGACAUUCCAAGCUGUAAUUCACAUCGUCUUCAUCUCUGCUGCUUAUUUCUUCAACUUCACUCGUGUCGGAUUAGUGCUUCUCGUUCUCGAGUAUUUCACUCAGCUGAUUUUCCACUUCGCACGUCUUUCUCACUUCCUUGGACGUAAAACAGUCUCGGCUCCAUUGUUCAAGGCCUACAAUAUUACCUUUGUUUUGGCCCGUUUCGGAUCUGUCAUUCUUGCCGUUAUGACUUUCUGGUACGGUCUUCGUCAAGCCGAGCUCCCAUACGUCGAUGCCUCUGCCGGAAACUUCAACACAGCUGCUAUCCGAUUGAACGUACUUCUUGGAAUUGUUCUUCUUCAACUCUACCUUCUCUACUCAUUCGUAUCAUUCCAUAUGGGACGAUUCCGUGAGAGCAAUGCCAAGAAGGAGAAGAAGAAGGCUUCUGCUGCAGCUGCUGCUGUUCCAAAGAAAGAGAAGAAACGACAAGACUCGGAAAGCGAUUCGAAGAAAAAGAAUUAG